AUGGAUGACCCUAAUGGUAGCGAUCAUAUCCCUAUCCUUAUCACCAUUAACUACUCUCGUAACCCUCAUCCCCCCAUUCUCAACCAGUCGGCAAAAUCCUCUUUCUCUAACUCCUCAUCUUUUAAUCUUAAUAAAGCCGACUGGAUUGCAUUUUCUCAAUAUGUUCAAAAUAGUAUCUCUUAUAUACAAGAUACAACAUCCCCAACUAUUUGUUAUUCUACCUUUAUCGAUAUCAUAAAUCAAGCCUCGAUCAACUCAAUUCCAGUAAAAAAAACCUAUUACAAUACAUUUCCUCCUUCCCCUCCUUGGUGGAAUUCUUCUUGUACCAAGGCUGUCAAAAAUAGAUCAUCUCUUUUUAAACUAUUUCGCCGUUCAGGUUCUAUGGCUGAUUUUCUUGCUUAUAGCGAAUCGUGUGCAACAACAGCACAGAUUUUAAAAAAAGAAAAACGCACAGCAUGGAAAAACUUUUGUACCAACUUAAAUCCAUCUGCUACUAUCCACCAACUCUGGCACACCGCCAGACUCUUUAAAAAAUGUGUUGUUCGAUCUCCUCGUCCUAUCAAUGAUGAUUGGUUCGAUAUGUUUUGCUCCAAGGUUGCCCCUUGCUACGUUCCCACUGAAGACGAAAAUAAUCAACAAUUAAUUACUCAACCCUUGCAACCUCAUGUUCUCUUAAAUCCUUUCUCUUUGUCUGAAUUAAUGAAUGCUAUAUCUUCCCGUCAUUCAUCUGCAUCUGGUCUUGAUAACAUUUCUCCUCGUAUGCUAAAAAACUUACCUCCUAACGCACUCGAAGUAUUACUCCGCAUUCUUAAUGAUGUCCUAUCAACUCAACGUCUUCCUUCAUCCUAG